AUGGUCCCUUUGCAACGGUCUCUCUCGUCACCUGUGAACAAAGACCUGUCCUGUAAGUCUCUUCGUCCCGUAUCCUCUGGUCACACGUUUGUCGUGACAUUUUGUACGGUGCUGCUAACCGUCCGCUUAGCUCCUCUUCCGACUUCUAAGCCGCAUGGCUUGGCGAGAUCCCCGACACCACCGCUCCUUGAACGCCAGGAGAAGAAUGUCGAUCAGCCGCGUCUUCCCCCGCCCGCGACCGCUUUCCGAAGUCUUGCGCGCCUUGCCGAAGGCAACAUGUCGUACCCAAAUCGUCGUAGCGACGGCGCCUCGCGAAGGACAUCGGCCGGUCCGCUGACGGUGCCGCCGACAUUGACCAACUUGAUGGUCUCCAGCAAGACAACCGCCGCUGCAGCUACCACUGCUACUGUGACAGCAACCGCUACAACUGCCUCCAUGAUCUCGACCAUAUCGUCUAUUUCCUCCACCGAAGGCGCAUCUCUGCCGAUGUUGGGCUCUCCGCUCGUCGGGGUGUCCGACACUGGCACCGUGCCUGGGUACUCUUCGUCUGCUCCUCACAGACCGUCCGUCGUGCAGAGCCACCGGCCAAUGCCGCCAUCCAUGCAUGAGCUACCUACGUCCUCACACGGCCAAAUUUCUAACGAGAAAGCCUCUUCGCACUCUACCUCAAAUGCCAGCCCUCCCACCAGUCCAGCGGGCAUCUCUGGAAUAAAGUAUCAUUUUACGGCCAAACCGCUUUUGCAGGAUGCAUCCGUCAACCCCGGCGGACGUGUUGCCGCCGAGUCCGAAGGCACGUCGCUAAGCGAACUGGCGCACUUGGUGAGAUUAUCCAAGUACCAGGAGCGAAAGCGGACACAGACAAGGACUCGACUGCAGCUGAACCUCAUCGCCACUGCCCUGACUGCUCGCCUGGUGCGAUGCGGCGACAUGGCGCACCGAAACUUGACAGAGUGCUUUCGCAGCGACGACCGCACAGGUUUCGCGAAUCUGUACAACGCCGUCCACAACGUACGGAAAAGCUGCGACGAGCUGCGAAAGUAUGCUCUCUUCGAACCGGAGCUGGACGCCCUGCGAUCGCCGGCCUCAACCGCGAGCUUGGACACGGCCGUGGAUGCUGGCUCGCUCAACGGAGCGACACCUUCCCCUGGCACCAUAUCUAUCGCUCCGUUUUUGAAUGAGAUCUCAGCCGAAGCUCGGGAUAUUUUCAUAUCGUUUUUGACCAACAUCAGGAACAACCCAGAUUUUCUGGCUACCCGGUUGUGCUCCUUGGGCACAGCCGAGUUGAGUGCGCUAACAUCCUUCUACCAGGGCAUGGAGCCGAUUGACUCGGUUCUCCCCUUUCACAGCCGGCCGCCAUCAACGCGCAGCGGAGCGCCAUCAGGACGCACACCUCCGAUCAAUACGUCGCUCGGAGGCCCUGGAAAGGACGCGAACCCGGUGCAAAAGCUUUUGUCGUUUCAACGCCACGACCCGCUGUCCGCUCUGAUUCAUACCUGUUUUGCCAAUUCGGCUGGACCCGACAGUGCCGAAGACAGGCGAAGAACCGACAUUUGGGCGACAGCAUGCGCUCGGCUCAUCUCAGAAAAGGGAGCGGCUGGUGAGCCUGUCUUGGUGGCCGUCCUCAAUGCCUGGAGCUCUCUGCGUGACUGGUCCGGUCGAUCCAACAUGGAAUGGUUCCUCAUGAAGAUUCUUGAAGACGGUGCUUUCCUCCUGGACCGCGCCGAGGACCAAAACGGAACGCGGUUCAACUUGAACGAGUGGACCACCAAGGACCAGAUUGCUGCCGAGGAGUUUUAUGACCGUGCCAUUAACGACCUUUUUGACGUCAUUGACGACGAGGACGCAACCGGGAUCCCGGAGGGCCUGAUUGAACUCGGCAACCAGAUUUUGGCAAAGCUGGACGCGAAAUUCGUCGACAACACGCGAAGCUGGUUUGUUUACAAGUGGCUGUUUGGGGCCUGGCUUUUGAGUGUCAUCAUUCACCCUGAAACGCACGGCCUCAUGGCCGAAUACCACAUCACCGAGUAUGGGCGCCAAAAGAUCCUCAAGGAAGUCGCUUUGCGUGCACAGAGGCUCGUCGUCGAGAAGACCAUGUCUCUGAGCCACGCGCAAAAUACGAAACCGGUCUCGACGCCCCCGUCUAUCAAGGCCCACAUCGACAGCAUCAUGAAUCGGUUCCGCGACUCAAAGGCCCAUCGCCCAGCAGCUCGGCUUCUCCCUGCCCGCUCUAUCACGUCCCUGCGAGAGACUGUUGAGGUGCACCCGUAUCUCGUUGUCAGCCCCGCAGAUUUGGUAACCAUGGCCAAUGCCCUGUUCCCGGAACGUCGACCCCGAUCCGCUCAAUCCGGAAGCUUCCGCUCUGGACCCGGGUCGAUUUCAAACUUCUCCGUACUAUCCCAACCCGUCCCCGUGAGUGCGCAGCGAAGCAACACCGACGCCUACUCGGUCCUGAGCACGAGCGUAUCUUCAGCAAACAGCGACGCGACGACGUCUGUGGAACCUCUCCUCGAGAGCCAGCAGACCGGCACAUCGUCGUACCGGUCGUCCCCUCCACCACCGUCACUCUCGGGAACGGAGCAACGACGACGUAACAGCUAUGAAAGUGACGGCUACAGACUCCGAUUGGCCAUCCAGGAUAUGGCCCAUUUCCUGGGCCACGAACGCGUGCUCGGGUCUUGCCACCCCUGCGCCGAACGCUGGGCAGUCCUGUUUAUUUCCCCAGACGGCAACACCUUGUCCACCCAAAUGACCUACGAUCCGGACGAAGACGACGAAAUCGAAGAAGACGCCACUUCGUCGUCUGAUGAGACGGACGACGACCCAUCUGAAGAUGAGCAAUCGGGACCGGACAAGACCGAACUGGACACCGACUACCACCACAUGCGAAACUCUAUAUUAAAACUGGUUGAAGACUACGAGAUUCCACAGGCCGUCGACGCUGGAAGCGGUGUGACCCACACGUUCAGCAACAGAGCGAACCGUCUGAAGAAGUACCGUCUCAAGAACAACAGAGUGGUGACGACCGAAGCAAGCAGGACGUCAGAAGCAUUCUCUCCCCUCCAGAGCCGCAAUCCAUACCUCCGCCGCGUGGAUGCAAACGGGGAAGAACCAGCCAGGUCUGCGACGCACCGGACACACGAAUCACAGGACUCGCAAGCGUCGUUUGACUCGCUCCACGGAGAUACGGGGACGAGCCCCGUUGUCGUCAAUGCAGAAGAAGAGCCUGAGGCCACCGAAUCUGUCCUGAUUUCCAUGCUCGCCGCCGCAUCGUCCCAGUCACGUUCCCAGUCUGAUUUCUUAUCUGCACACCAGUAUUGGAAAACAAUACAGCAGCUGAAUGCUCUCAACUCGGAAUCUUUGCGACACAAUGGGUUUGCCGCCCUGCUCAAUAUCUUCUCCCGUGGCCCGCGGGAUUCCAUCCGUCGCUCAGCUGCUGCUGUCGAAGAGUACGAGGCCUGGCUCAUUUGGCUAAAACAGUCCCAGGAGCGAGCAGAAGGAGCAAUCGAUACGAUGAUGAGGCGCCUCAGAGCGCUUCGCGACAAGAUGUGGUACGUCACCGAUGUGCGCAACUCGGCUCCAUACGAGUUUACGCGCAACAUUGCGGUUGCUCUGAAAACAAUGGGUACGAGCCGCAAGUGGGAUGCCUAUCAGCGCUCUCGACACGGCAAACAACGAGGACCUGCGGCAUCGUAUCUCUACCGAACAGAGAGCGAGAUUGUCGAGCUCCUCGCCGCCACAGAAAGCCAAGGCGGGCCCAACAAGCUGUCCGACGACCAGGCCGAGAAAACGCUGCGAUGGCUGCAGCAUUGUGGCAUUGCCAACUUUUGCCAGGGAGAAGAGCGUAUCCACCGCUUCUCCUGCGAGGUUGCCAGCUGCACGGAGAAGUUGAUUGGGGAGAGCAUCGUCGAUGCCCCCGUGUUGUGGUCCAGCGACUUGUACACGCGAGACCGGCAAUACCUGGAAUCUCGCGGUCGCUCUGCGGGUCGAGACCAAGAUGGUGCGGCCACGCCCUGGGAUGACGCAUCCAGCAUUCGGAGCUUCGACUCCGAGAACCGGCGGCUCGGUGUGAGCCGGCGUCCCAGCACAUCGAUGCGUGGCGGUGAUCUACGAGCGACGCUCGGCCAAAACAACCCCAGUGUACAGUCCUUUGACUCUGGCCGCUACAGCUUUUCGCGUGCCAGCACGUCGUUUUCGGAGGUCUUGGGCGGACAAGAUUACUUUUCUGGCGGGCUGCACUCUCCCGUUCCGGCCAUCGACACAUCGACAACGUUUUGGUCUCCGUUCCCAUCGUCCAUGUCGCCCAGUACGGCGACGUCUCGUGCGCAAUCGCCGACGGCGAGCUCGACCAAUCUCGCCAACCCAUUUUCUCUGAACCAAACCUCCCGUCGCCCUCUCUUUUCUCGCCACGGCGGCAUUGACGGGAUACAGGCGUCGUCGCACGCUGCCAGUGGAGGCCGACCGGGAACAUCGGCGUCUUCUGUUGACACUGCUUUCCAUCAGCGGGUGUCGGAGGAGAAGAGUUGGUUCCUGAACGACCUUCGGCAGACCCUGACGAGCUUGCUCCUGUCGGAUCUCGGAAAUCUUGUGUUUGCUCGUGGCUCAGAGACCGAUUAUUGGUUUGGCGGACUCGGCCAAGAAUGCAUUGAGCGGCGUGAGGCCAUUGAGAAGAGACAGCGACAUGAGGCUGCGAUGGACAAAAAGCGAAGAAACAACCGCAACUCUUUAAAGCAGAUUGUCGUCGACAACAAGGAACGGAAGAACGACUUGUGCGACACGCGAACGGUUGCCACCGAAAGCAGCGGAGGUUCCGCUGGCGACCAAUCCCCGUCCACGCUGAGUCGCCGAAGCCAGACACCGGAUGCCAAUGGAAGCGGGAGCCACGCCAAUGAUAGCUCUGCCACGGCCAGCGACCAUACGGCGACUGUGGCUCGUCAUGAACGCUCCCCGCUACACACGAGCUCGAAGCCCGCAGGUGUACCGACGACGAAAAAGACGACUACGUCCGAUUUCCCGUUCACCAAGGCGUACCAACGGCUCCUGCGCAUGUUCUGCGUGCAUCCCAACCCGCACGCGAAAUUGGCAGCCUUGUUCGAGCUCGAAAACCUGAUUACGGCGUCGCUCUCGUCGCGCAGCACACGCAGGCGGCUGGCCCUGAUGACAAAAUCUGGCACGAACUCGGUCGUGAGCCAUGCCACAGCGCUUGGUGGCCAAGCCUCGACCGAGACGACCAUUCUGGGCCCGCCGACCAACCGGCCUAAGCCGCUCGAGGAGGCCAUCGACAACGUGAAGGAGCGGCGAUCGAGCACGCUUGGCUCCACGCAGCAGCCCGCCUUGUCCCGCGGUGGCAGUAUUGGCGCCACGGGGCACGGUGCUGGUGCUGGGCAGAAUCGCAAUGCAUCGACAAAGGAUGCGGUGACUUGCAUCUUGCAGUCGCUGUUCUGCGACCCGACGAUCCGGCCCAAAACACUGUUCCGCGACUUGCAGUUCAUCGCAGCAUUUGUGCCGACCGAGGUGUUGGACCGAUCGGAGCGCGGCAAGUCGUUCUGGGCAGCUGGUCUGGCAGCAUUGCUGCUCAAAAGCGAGGUGUGCACCACGAUGAUCGAGGUGGCCGACGAGAUCGUCGGGGUGUAUACAAAAACCAGGAAAGCGCCCACGGCACCGCCACCACCGCCGCCUCCUUCUGCGUCCUCGCUGACCAGCGACGGUUCGAAUGGAUCCCCGGCGUCCUCUCCCUACUCGACACCACUCCCGCUGUCGAGUGCCUACUCGCUCGCCGACGCGGCCCGCAUGCUGACCAUCACGGCCAAAGAGGGCGACCCGACGUCGCAGCGUGAGCUCGCCAUCUUCUACCUGUCCAACCCGGAGCUGGUCGAGCGCACGACGCUGCCUCUUUCGAAGCCACGCGAGGUGUUUAAGAAGGCGGUGAUGGACAAGUACGGCGGCAGCGGCAGCAGCAGCGGCGGCGGCGGCGGUGGGGGGUCGUCUGGUAUGAUGUCGGGUGGACACGGCGGGCCUGGUGGCGGCGGCCCGGGCGGUCAUGGUCAUUAUGGCCAUGGCGGCAGCGGCCCUGGCGGCAAUGGUGUGUAUGACGUGCGCAACGACCCGGCACUCAUGUGUGUGGCCAUCCACUGGAUGGAGGCGGCCGAGCAGGGUGGUGACGAGCUGGCGCGGACCUUCCUGGGCCAGAACGAGAUGAUGAAAUGA